AUGGUCGACUUGAAGACCUUCGAUGACCUCCUUGACAGGACGGUGCGCGCGCCGCGCCUGUCGGGAACCAAAGUUGGCGAACUGAGGGACAUGGCCAAGUCGCUGGCUGCGCAGCACAGCGACGACAUUGUUGCCAUUCUGACGAGGACGAACGCCAGCCUCCAGCCUGCUAGCACGAGCCGCAUCUCGUCGCUGUACGUCUUUGACGCUAUUGCGCGGGCGGCCAAGUCGGACGCGGCGCUGCUGGGCAAGAUGGAAGCGGCGGUUGGCGGGUUCGUCGACAGCAUUAUCGACAACGGCAAGGGCGGAGUAUGGAGCGAGGGAAGGGACAAGACGCGCAAGAUUGUGGACAUCUGGCGCAAGUCGCAGACGUUCUCGGACGGCUGCAUCGCGGACCUGCAGGGCAAGAUUGCUGGUGGAGACGACCGGAGACCAAAUGGUAAGAUACCCUUCCUAUCCCCUCAUCACCCCUCACCCUUCACAUCUGCUGUUCGUGCCCACGACGGCUCUGACGCGGUCCCCCGCCGCACUGACCUCCUCCGCCCGGUUGUAUCGUCGCAUAGCCUCAACCGCGCAUGCAUCACAUUAUCGACUACGCUCCUCAGCGUAGGCCUGCUGGCUGCUGGACUGGAUGGCUGCGGAAAGAAGGAAGGCAGGAUCUGGUCGCACAAGCAAGCACACGGGAGACUGAUCGACUCGACGCUGGAAGGACUGGGCUGCACUGGUGCUCUCCGAUCAACGACGCCCCCCGGCGCGCCCCCACCGCACAUCCUGGCGCGGUACAAGGGCCUGUAUUCGGGCUCAGGGACGCAGUCGCCCGCCGGCAGUCGUUCGCCGCCACCAGCCCCCGGCCAGCUCCCGCCCGAGAUCAUGGCCAUGCUCGGCGUAAAGUCGAAGGCGGAUGAGAAGGCCGAAACAGCAAGCGCCAUCGACGCCGUGCUCGCCAACGUCCGCGGAACCUCGACCGCGACGCCGCCACCUGGCUCUGCGCCGGCACCAGCACCAGUGCCGAGCUUCGAUCCCGCGCAGCUCGCUGCGCUGGCGAACAUUGCCGCUAUUACUAGCACGCCGACUCCGCCGCCCGCUGCCCCACCCGCUGCGCCGCCUGCUCAAUCGUAUCCCCAGUCACAGGGACAGGGCGGGUACAGAAGGGGACGCUCGCGCAGCCCCGAGCGCCGUGACGGAGAUCGGAGCGACCGGGAUAGAGAUCGCGGACGCUGGCGCGAUGGCGAUGGCAGGGACCGGCGGGGCUACGCGCGCGAAGACUCGCGGGAUCGGUACUACGACAGGCGGGACUCGCGAGACUACAGGGACGACCGACGAGACAGCCGCGACAUGCGCGACGGAUACAGGGACGACAGGCGAGACUCGCGCGAUGACCGACGCGAUAGCAGGGACAGCAGAGACAGGAGAGAUGGUGGGAGGGAGGGGGGAAGGACGAUGGACCGCGCUCCCCCCGGCGCUGGCCCUGGGGCAUCGAGACUGCCGCCCAAACCGGCCGGUCUGCCGCCCAACCCCACCCUUCCGUCGCGACCUGACGGCCUGCCGUCGCGUCCGGCCGAUUCGCCGCCAACUCGACGACGGGACUGGUCCCAGGACCCCCACCCCCACUCCCACUCCUCCCACUCCCACUCUGGCUACGACCGUCGUGACCGUAGUCAAUCUCACGGUGACCGCGGCUCUCACGAUCGCGCCUCGCACGACCGCCCCUCGCACGACCGUGGCGGCAGCUACGGAGGAGGCCAAGGAGGCGGUAGUGGCGGAGCACAGGGAGGCAAUGGGGGCAGCGGAGGCGCCACACUCCAGACCUUUGAUUUGACCAGUUUCAACCCCGCCACGCCCGAGAGCUGGAGUGCGCUCGCGCAGGCGUGGCAGAAUACGACGGGCAGGCAGCCGAAUCAGUUUGAGCUCAUGCAGUUCCUCGCUACUGGGGCGCAGCCUGACUCUUCCACCAACGCUGGCGGCAGUGGCAGUGGAGGAGAGGGAGGUGAGGGGUCUGGAGGAGGGAUGGGAGGUAUGUUUGGCAUGCCUGGGAUGAUGGGCAUGGGUGGUAUGGGCAUGGGCGGCAUGGGCGGGGGUAUGGGUGGCAUGGGUGGAGGUAUGGGAGGCAUGGGAGGGAUGAAUGGGGAGCAGUAG